AUGGGGUACUCAAAUUCGUUCAUGAUUACUCUCUCCGUUUCAGAAAGGAGUACCAUUCUUCUACUUAUUGUGGUGCUCAAUAUUGUGGCCAACGGACACCCUCUGGUCCCUGCGUUGUUCAUAUUUGGGGACUCUUUUGUUGAUGUUGGCAACAAUAACCAACUAUUAACUGUUAUUAAAGCAAACUUCCCUCCUUAUGGAAGAGACUUUGAGAAUCACAAUCCAACAGGAAGGUUCAGCAAUGGAAAGCUUGCAAUAGACUUCAUAGCUGAGACCAUUGGAUUUACCUCUUCCCCACCAGCUUACCUCAACUUAGACAUCAAAGGAAAUAGCCUCCUGAAUGGUGCCAACUUUGCUUCAGCUGGUUCUGGUUUAUUAGAUCAUACAGGCAGACAACAUAAUAUCUAUGCACUGGGAGCAAGAAAGAUUGGUCUAUCAACAAUACCUCCAAUGGGUUGUUUGCCUGUAGCCAUCACUGCUGUUGGCCUUCAUAGCAACGAAUGUGUUCCCUGGCUAAACUAUGCUGCCCUUAACUUCAAUCAAAAGCUCAACACCAUAUCUCAGGAUUUCAAACAAAUGCUUCCUGGCAUCAAUUUGGUGAUCCUUGAUAUGUACCAACCUUUAUAUGACAUGGUCACCAAGCCUUCAGAUUAUGGUUUUUUUGAAGCAAGGAAGGGUUGUUGUGGAACAGGAUUGGUAGAGACUUCAAUAAUGUGCAAUCAAAUGUCCAUCGGAACAUGUGCUAAUGCAUCUCAAUAUGUAUUCUGGGAUGGUAUGCAUCCCACGGAAGCUACAAACAAGAUUUUGGCGGAUCAUUUGGUUGCUGCGGGCACCUCCCUUAUAUCCAAAUCAAAUUUAUCAGUUCACAUUGUGGAUUUACUAGACUUGAAUCUGUUUCCAUUUUAUCCAAAUCAAACAUUUAUCAGCUCACACUGUGGAAAUACUAGACUUGAAUGUGUUUGUUACUGGUCUGACACUCUAAAAUGCACGUAA